ACAAUGUACUGCCUUCAGUGGUUGCUACCUGUCCUGCUCAUACCCAAGCCCCUCAACCCAGCAUUGUGGUUCAGUCACUCAAUGUUCAUGGGCUUCUACCUGCUCAGUUUCCUCCUGGAACGGAAACCUUGCACAAUUUGUGCCUUGGUCUUCCUGGCAGCUCUAUUCCUCAUCUGCUACAGCUGCUGGGGGAACUGCUUCUUGUAUCACUGCACAGGAUCUCAGUUGCCGGAAUCAGCUCACGAUCCCAGCGUAGUGGGCACCUAGAAAACAAUAAUCUUCCAGCCUGCUGAGGGCUCUUUUUUUGCUUUUAAAAAGGGGGUGGGCUAGGGAGGAGGGAGGGGGUGUUAGGCAUGUGACUCAAGUAAAAACAGCCUGUUUCCUGUAACUUUGUGUGGACUAGAGUGGUUAAGUUCCUGCCACUCUGCCUGUGAAAUUUGACUUGUUUACUGUGUGAACUCUGGCAGCGCCACCUGCUUUUUUAGAAGCAGAAAUCUUUUUUUUUUUUUCCUUCCCGUAUCACCGGGAAGGGACACCAGCCCUCCUAAAUGAGGACCGAGCUGCUGGCCUCUGCCCAGCUGUUGCGCGGUGGUGGAGUUGUGUGUCACUC